AUGAAGAUUCGUUCUUCUCGCAUCUCAGUCUCAAUAACAAAGGCAAUAUGCCAACGCCACGGCUCCUCAAAAAAAGGCCUCAUCAAGACCAUAAUUUCCUUCUUUCGCCUCUUCAAACUCCUUCUCUCUCGCUAUCGUUCCGUCGACUUUCUAGCUCUACGAAAAGAAGUCUGGCAGAUUGACGACGACGAGUAUCACGUUUCUUUCGAGAUCGACACCAAGGAUUCGCUCGUACCUAUCGGAGAUCUAGGAUACAGCGGUUCUACCUUUUUCACGACGGCGAAUGAGAAGUAUCUCAUAAAGUCACUACCCAGACGCUUCGAGCAUGAUUUCUUCGCAAAGGAAUUGCUGGAUCCGUAUGUUGGACAUAUGAAGAAUCAACCGCACAGUUUACUUGUCCGUAUCAUGGACCUUGUUUAUGCACCGCACAAGUCUAUCGGUGGUAUGCUCGGUGCUGCGCCGACACACCACAUUGUCAUGGAGAAUUUACUCUACGGGAAGCCAAAUGGUGAACAAGGCAAGACGUGGGAGACGUACGAUCUCAAGCCAAACGACUACUUCUUUCCUGAACGAGAUAUCGCAAACGGUGCUCUCGUGCCGGAUAGUGUGAUAGAGCGACUUGUCGAUGAAUUUCCCGACAAAGUCCGUGUCACACGACAGGCCAAAGAGGAGCUCCUCUCCCUCCUCUUUGCAGAUUCAGCACUCCUGGCUUCCCACAACGCAGUCGACUAUUCACUCUUCCUCGUGCGGUACCCCAGAGGCAGCGAGGUACCUAUCGUGGAAUCCGACGCAGGAAACUGGCGACGAGGAGUAGAUGAUGUGGAAGGGAAGUGGACAUACAGAUGUAUUCUGCUAGACUUUUUCUGGACAAAGCAUGCCUUUCAUGCACGAGCGUUGACAAAGGUAGUCAAGAUUUUCAACAAGAUUGCCCACAAGGGGCCCAUGAGCAUCACUGCGGACCCGGAAGAGUAUAGGGAGAGAUUUAUGAAGAUGGUGGACGAUAUGGUUGUCGUGGGGUGA